CGCAGCUGCAGAGGCCGGGAAACGCCUGCUAGCCCGCGCUCGGUGCCACCUCGCCCGCGCUCCGGGCGAUACCACCCCGGGCGGCCCCUCGGAAGGCCGGAGAUGGUACCGUCCCUGGUCUCCGAUUGGUCGGUCGGACGGGGGCGUGGCCUCUAGAGUGUGGUUCCGCGCGCCGGAGCGCGCUAGCCGCAUUGCGAGCUGAGCCAGGAGCGGGCGCCAUGGUGCUGUUGCACGUGCUGUUUGAGCACGCAGUCGGCUACGCGCUGCUGGCGCUGAAGGAAGUGGAGGAGAUCAGUCUGCUGCAGCCGCAGGUGGAGGAGUCCGUACUCAACCUGGGCAAAUUCCACAAUGUCGUUCGUCUGGUGGCCUUUUGUCCCUUUUCCUCGUCCCAGGUUGCCUUGGAAAAUGCCAAUGCCGUGUCUGAAGGGGUUGUUCAUGAGGACCUCCGCCUGCUCUUGGAGACCUACCUGCCGUCCAAAAAGAAGAAAGUACUCUUGGGAGUUGGGGAUCCCAAGAUUGGUGCUGCAAUACAGGAGGAGUUAGGGUACAACUGCCAGACUGGAGGCGUGAUAGCUGAGAUCCUGCGAGGAGUUCGUCUGCACUUCCACAAUCUGGUGAAGGGUCUGACUGAUCUGUCAGCUUGUAAAGCACAGCUGGGCCUGGGACACAGCUAUUCUCGUGCCAAAGUUAAGUUUAAUGUGAACCGAGUGGACAAUAUGAUCAUCCAAUCCAUUAGCCUCCUGGACCAGCUGGAUAAAGACAUCAAUACCUUCUCUAUGCGAGUCAGGGAGUGGUAUGGCUAUCACUUUCCGGAGCUGGUGAAGAUCAUCAACGACAAUGCCACAUACUGCCGUCUUGCCCAGGUUAUUGGAAACCGAAGGGAACUGAAUGAGGAGAAGCUGGAGAAGCUGGAGGAGCUAACGAUGGAUGGGGCCAAGGCUAAGGCUAUUCUGGAUGCCUCACGGUCCUCCAUGGGCAUGGACAUAUCUGCCAUUGACUUGAUAAACAUCGAGAGCUUCUCCAGUCGUGUGGUGUCUUUAUCUGAGUACCGCCAGAGCCUACACACUUACCUGCGCUCCAAGAUGAGCCAAGUAGCCCCCAGCCUGUCAGCCCUAAUUGGGGAAGCGGUAGGUGCACGUCUCAUCGCGCAUGCUGGCAGCCUCACCAACCUGGCCAAGUAUCCGGCAUCCACAGUGCAAAUCCUUGGGGCUGAAAAGGCCCUGUUCAGAGCCCUGAAGACAAGGGGUAACACACCAAAAUAUGGACUCAUUUUCCACUCCACCUUCAUUGGCCGAGCAGCUGCCAAGAACAAGGGCCGAAUCUCCCGAUACCUGGCAAACAAAUGCAGUAUUGCCUCACGAAUCGAUUGCUUCUCUGAGGUGCCCACGAGUGUAUUUGGGGAGAAACUUCGAGAACAAGUUGAAGAGCGACUGUCCUUCUAUGAGACUGGAGAGAUUCCACGAAAGAAUCUGGAUGUCAUGAAGGAAGCAAUGGUUGAGGCAGAGGAAGCGGCUGCUGAGAUUACUAGGAAGCUGGAGAAACAGGAGAAGAAACGCUUAAAGAAGGAAAAGAAACGGCUGGCUGCACUUGCCCUCGCAUCUUCAGAAAACAGCAGUAGUACUCCUGAGGAGUGUGAGGAGGCAAGUGAAAAACCCAAAAAGAAGAAAAAAAAGCAAAAGCCCCAGGAGGUUCCUCAGGAGAAUGGAAUGGAAGACCCGUCUACUUCUUUCUCCAAACCCAAGAAAAAGAAAUCUUUUUCCAAGGAGGAGUUGAUGAGUAGUGAUCCUGAAGAAACCACUGGCAGCCCCAGUCUUCCCAAGAGGAAGAAAUCAUCACCCAAGGAGGAAACAGUCAAUGACCCCGAAGAGGCAGGCAGCAGAAGUGUCUCCAAGAAAAAGAGGAAAUUCUCCAAAGAGGAGCCAGUCAGCAGUGGACCUGAAGAGGCUACUAGCAGCAAGAGCAGCUCCAAGAAGAAGAAAAAGUUCCGUAAAGAAGCCCAGGAAGAUUAGAAUGCAAAUGGACAUUACAUUCUCUGGGAGGUGGGACAUACCAGAGCCCAAGGUGACAUUCCCCACCCUGUGUCCUGUUCCCCAAUAAAAACAAACUCAGAAAA